CCGCCAUUGUCUCGCCGCCAUAUAAAACGGAGCCGGAGGUGGGAUCCUCACACUGGCGUUCCCACCUUCCUUCGCAUCGCACUGAUUCUCGAGAUGACGCUCAAAGCUGUAUUUAUUGCUGCUUUUGUCACUCUUCUAGUGACAUGUGUCGCAGCAGGGCCACUGGCUGAGCCUGGGUAUGGCCACGGUGGACACGGAGGAUACGGCCAUGGUGGGCAUGGAGGAUAUGGCCAUGGCGGACACGGAGGGUACGGCCAUGGUGGGCACGGAGGAUAUGGCCACGGUGGACACGGAGGGCAUGGCCACGGUGGACAUGGUGGAUAUGGACAUGGCGGGCACGGCGGAUAUGGCUGGUUACGUUCUGAUCCUAUGAUAAGAAACGAUCCUUUUAUUUUUCCAAUUGCCUAUAUCCUGAGUUCAUACAAAAAGCUGAGAAAGGUCAUAUACCACACCAACAAUCAAGCUGAACUCGAGAUCCUCAGGCUCUGCACGGCGCCGCGAUAA